UAUUCUUGAGGAAUAUUAAAACUAUUUGAGGAAUAUUAAAAAAAAAAUACUUCGUUCUCGUAGGAGAGGGGUGGGUGCUGAUUUUCUACAAUUGCAUCCAAUUUGGGUUGCCAGGAUGUAAAAAAAAAAAAGAUGGUGAGAUUCUGGAAAAGGGCGUGAAGUGGUUUUUUUAAGAAGUUCUUUCAACUCUGUCUUUCGCUCACGGUCCAGAUGCAGUGGCUCUUGUCCUUCCUCCUAUUCCUGCUGUCUGGUCUCAUCGUCCUUGCAAGUACUGCUUGGACCAGUGAAGAGCCCAUCGACCAUCAGUAUGCCCGACUCGGGGCCACCACCGUGGUCUUGCCUUGCCCUGUUCCUGAAGGCAGAUCCCGGGUGGCAUGGAAAAACCAUAUGAGCUCAGAGACCGCUUUGGACGGGGUGCAACCAGAUGGCAGCCUAGUCUUGCAGAAUGCCAGUUUGGCCCAGGAAGGGGAAUACAGGUGCCAAGAUGCCAGCACUGGGCAGACCCUGCGAAGGAUUCGUCUCCGGCUGGGCUAUCCUCCCAAGAAACCAUCGAUCCAUUGCAGGUCCAUCAGCUACCCGGUGGUCAAUUGCUCCUGGACUUUGGAAUCUGACACCCUUCUGCCCACAUCUUUCUUUGCCAGCUACAGGCACGGCUUAAUGGGAGACGUCCAUCAGUGCAAACAGCUCGUGGCAGAGAGCCACAGUUGCAGCUUGGCCGGCUUGCAGAUGUUCUCCACCGAUCCCUACAUGCUCAACGUGACAGCUGUGAAUCCAUUGGGAUCAGCAAGUGAUUACUUUCUAAUCUUCCUGGAUCAGAUCAUCCAGCCAGACCCUCCAGAAAAUGUAAUGGUCUCCCCAAUCCAAGGGAAGAAAAAAACGUUGCUUGUACAAUGGAAGCCUCCUAGUUCCUGGUUAUACCCUGAAUAUUUUCCCCUGCAAUAUAUCAUCCGCUAUUCGAGGGAUGGAUCAAGGUUUAGCAGAACGACCAGGCCUAUCGAGCAGACUUCCUUUACCCUCACCGGGAUCCGUUCUGGCGUAACCUACCACAUCCAAGUAGCCGCGAAAGACUUCCUGGACAAUGGGGAAUACAGCGCCUGGAGUCUUCCUGCCUCUGGGGCAUCCUGGCAGCCGGACUGAGGGCCACGGAGGAUGGAUUUUGUAAUAUUUGAAAGAUGGUAUUUGUAGUACUGAUGCACUGGCUAAUU